AAAAAAUAAUAUUAUUAAAUAAAUAAAUAAAUCAAUCAAUAAACUAAUAUAUAUCUAUUUUCUUGGGCAGAGUCUUGAGCUUCUCUUCUCUUCUCUUCAGUAUAUAAUUUUUUUUUAUUCACAUUAAAUUGAGAUUGAGAGAACGAUAACGAGAAAGUGAGACAAACAAGGCAUGGAACCAGAAUCUGGGAUUUCCAUUUCUCAACGCUCCACUUCUACUACUAUAACCCAGCAACUUUCAUGGACAAGGAUGUCGAGGAAUUUGAUACUAGCUUAUCAGAGCUUCGGUGUUGUUUAUGGAGACUUGGGCACUUCACCUCUUUAUGUUUAUUCAAGCACAUUUUCUGGCAAGUUACAGAAACAUAUUAGCCAAGAUGCAAUCUUUGGUGCUUUUUCAUUGAUAUUUUGGACUCUUACUCUUAUCCCUUUGCUUAAGUAUGUCUUUGUUUUGCUCAGUGCUGAUGAUAAUGGUGAAGGUGGGACUUUUGCUCUUUACUCAUUGCUUUGCCGCCAUGCUAAGUUUAGUUUGCUUCCUAAUCAACAAGCAGCUGAUGAAGAGCUCACUGCCUACAAAUAUGGGCCAUCUUCUUCUUCUCAACAUUCUGGUUCAUCUCCUUUGAAGAGAUUUUUGGAGAAGCAUAAAAGGUUAAGAACUGCCCUUUUAGUUGUUGUGCUUUUUGGAGCUUGUAUGGUCAUUGGAGAUGGUGUCCUGACUCCUGCUAUCUCAGUUCUAUCUUCAGUUUCUGGGCUCAAAGUUACAGAAGAGAAAUUGACAAAUGGUGAACUUCUCUUGAUUGCUUGUUGCAUCUUGGUCGGUCUGUUUGCUCUGCAGCAUUGUGGCACACAUAAAGUUGCAUUUUUAUUUGCUCCUAUCGUAAUUAUCUGGUUGCUCUCCAUUUUUUCUGUUGGUCUCUACAACACAAUACAUUGGAACCCAAAAGUUGUUUAUGCUUUGUCACCCCAUUAUAUCGUCAAGUUUUUCAAUGAGACUGGUACAGAUGGCUGGAUUUCUCUUGGUGGGGUUCUUCUUGCUACAACUGGAACUGAAGCUAUGUUUGCAGACCUUGGUCAUUUCACUGCUUUAUCAAUAAGGCUUGCGUUUGCUUUCGUUGUAUACCCAUGUUUGGUUGUACAAUACAUGGGUCAGGCUGCAUACUUGUCCAAAAACCCCGAUAAGAUUCAUUACAGCUUUUAUAAUUCGAUCCCCGAAUCUGUAUAUUGGCCGGUCUUUAUUGUCGCCACCUUAGCAGCUAUUGUUGGCAGUCAGGCUGUUAUAACUGCUACGUUCUCCAUCAUCAAGCAAUGCCAUGCCCUUGGUUGCUUUCCAAGAGUCAAAGUUGUUCACACCUCAAAACACAUAUAUGGCCAAAUCUACAUCCCAGAAAUAAACUGGAUACUCAUGAUCCUUACUCUUGCCAUAACCAUUGGAUUUCAGGAUACAAAUUUAAUUGGGAAUGCUUAUGGACUUGCUUGCAUGACAGUUAUGUUUAUCACAACAUUCCUUAUGUCACUUGUCAUAAUCUUUGUUUGGCAAAAAACAAUGUGGCUAGCUGCAGCGUUUCUUCUUUUCUUCUGGCUAAUAGAGGGCGUUUAUCUAUCGGCCGCAUUCAUAAAAGUGCCUCAGGGAGGAUGGGUCCCGAUCGCGCUAUCAUUAUUCUUCAUGGCCAUUAUGUAUGUCUGGCAUUAUGGAACAAGAAGAAAGUAUAACUUUGAUCUGCACAACAAAGUUUCACUGAAGUGGUUACUUGGUUUAGGCCCUAGCCUCGGUAUUGUUCGCGUGCCUGGAAUAGGCCUCAUCUACUCAGAAUUAGCAACAGGAGUACCGGCAAUAUUCUCUCACUUUGUAACUAACCUCCCAGCAUUCCAUAACGUGUUAGUUUUUGUUUGUGUAAAGUCAGUUCCAGUUCCAUAUGUUUCGCCUGAGGAAAGAUUCCUCAUUGGUCGGGUUUGUCCUAGACCAUAUCGCAUGUACAGAUGCAUUGUCAGGUACGGUUACAAGGACAUACAACGAGAUGAUGGUGACUUCGAGAACCAACUAAUACAGAGCAUAGCAGAGUUCAUCCAAAUGGAAGCAGUGGAACCACAAUUGUCGGGGUCAGAAACUUCAUCGUUGGAUGGGAGAAUGGCUGUUAUAAGCACCCGAACAAACUCAAGCUUGGUAGUGUCUCAAUAUGAGGACAUUGAUGGGAUUGAUUCCAUUCAAAGCAGCAAAUCUCUUACCUUACAAAGUUUAAGAUCAGUCUACGAUGACGAUAACCCCCAGUUGAGGAGGCGUCAAGUAAGGUUUCAGUUGCCACCCUCAACACCCGGUAUGGAUCCUGCAGUGAAAGACGAGCUUUAUGAUUUAAUCCAGGCUAAGGACGCCGGGGUCGCCUACAUAAUGGGACAUUCAUAUGUUAAGGCUAGAAGAACAUCAUCAUUUGUGAAAAAACUUGUGAUUGAUAUUGGAUAUUCAUUUCUAAGGAAGAAUUGCAGAGGACCAGCUGUGGCACUUAAUAUUCCACACAUCAGUCUUAUUGAAGUUGGCAUGAUUUACUAUGUCUAAGUCUAGAUUUUUUGUUUCUAAUUUGUAGGUUUCAGUUCUAAAGCCAAAAGGGUUAUUAUAUAUAUAGCUCUUUGGACCAACUUUUGUUAAGUCUGAAGGCUUUCUUAGGCUCUUCCAAUGUGUAUAGAUAAAGUCCAAAUUCAAGUCGAGCUUUUUCAUUUGGCAUAUCAAUUCUAAUAAGCUAUUUUUUUUCU